AUGGACCAGCGGAAAGUGCAAGAGUUGCGAGAGUUUGUCAACAUGUGUAAGAGCAACCCGGCUAUCCUGCACCGGCCGGAGCUGAAGUUCUUCACAGAAUGGCUACUAAGUUUAGGAGCUUCUAUUCAGUCCUCACCAUCUAAAGAAUCUUGUAAAGAAAGCCAGACAGAUGAGAUAAACGAAGAAAGGAUCCCAUCUCCAACUCCUCAACCAGAGAGUGAAGAAAGUGACUUGGACAUCGGAAAUGAAGGAGUUAUUGCACCAGAUGAAGAGCCCCCUCAGGAGAUGGGAAAUGAUGAUAUAGAGGUCACGGAGGAAAUGAUGGAUACGGCAAAUGAAAGAAAAGUAGAGGCUAUUAAUGCUCUGGGAGAGGGUGACUUCCAGAAAGCCAUAGAUUUACUAACAGAAGCCAUAAAAAUGAACCCACGGAUUGCCAUGUUGUAUGCAAAAAGAGCAAGCGUUUAUGUGAAGCUACAGAAGCCAAAUGCUGCAAUUCGUGACUGUGAGAAAGCUAUAGCCAUCAACCCUGACUCUGCUCAGCCAUAUAAAUGGAGAGGCAAAGCACAUAGGCUUCUUGGACACUGGGAAGAAUCUGCCCACGACCUGGCCAUGGCUUGUAAAUUGGACUAUGAUGAAGAAGCAAGUGAAAUGUUGAAAGAAGUGCAGCCACGUGCUCAGAAAAUUGCAGAACAUCGGAGGAAAUAUCAACGCAAACAAGAGGAAAGGCUGGCCAAUGAAAGGAGAGAACAUCUGAAGAAAGCUAAAGAGGAACAUGAAAGAGCACAGAGGGAAGAAGAAGAAGCCAGGCGUCAAGCAGGUGCCCAGUUUCCAGGUUUCCCAGGGGGAUUUCCUGGUGGCUUUACUGGGAUGCCAGGUGUCAGUGAAAUUCUCUCUGACCCAGAAGUUUUGGCUGCAAUGCAGGAUCCUGAAGUCAUGGCUGCAUUUCAAGAUGUAGCUCAAAAUCCAGCUAACAUAUCAAAGUAUAACACCAACCCAAAAGUGAUGAAUCUGAUCAGCAAACUAUCCAGCAAAUUUGGAGGCAGUGCAUAG